AUGAUUCAACUCCUUAUCUUAGCUGUGAUUGUUGCUGCUGUCGGUGCCCUCUACUACGUCACGAGAUCCACCAAGGAACCAACAAUUUUCCAUCAUGUAUCUGCUGUACCUCCCGAUUAUCACUGGUCAAAAGAAGAACCGUUACCAAUUAGACCAUUCGUUAACAAGAAGAAUUUCAACCCUUCUAUGGGAGUUAAAAAUUUAGGCAAAACCCCUGAAGAUUGGCUCUUGAUUGAAAAUUCCUAUGUCCACAAAACGAAUCUUAAACGCAAGACACUCGAAGCUCAUCUGGACCAAAUCACCCAUAUUCAUAAGAAUAAAGUCACAAUCGAAGCUUUGAAAGAAUUUUAUGAAGUAACUACUCAAUUCCUAUUAGAUAAAUAUCCCCAACACUUCAAAUAUUCAAGAUGGUCAGGCAUGGUCCAUAAUCAAAUCAAUCAAGAUACAUUCCCCAAACACUCCACCAAACUUUCACCAGAAGAAAUGCUUCACAUUCUUGCCACCAAUCUCGAAGAAGAUUUCUUAAUCUUAAUAAAAGACAACCCACAAGACGCUGACGAAGAAUAUAUCCUCCGUGGAGCUGUUAGCGGAUUCCCAACCGGAUUUGACCCAUCCAAACUCUUCAACAAACCAGUUUCAGCCAUCCAUAUCCCCGUCCCACAAUAUAAACCCCGCUUACAAUUCUCCAUGCAUAAGUUCUUUAAUAAUUUGAAAACCACUGAUCUUUGGGUUCGUCACAAUUGGUCAAUUCAGACCCAGGGGACUUAUUUCAAUCUUGGUGCCCUACAUGGUCGUCCAGGGGAAAAGAUUGAAAAGAUGAAAUAUGAAGAUAUUGAUUUUGAAGGUGGUGGUGGUGAUGGUGAUGAUCGGAUGGGAUGCUGUUUGAGAGUGGAAAGACAAUGUUUUGUUAGGUUGCCAAUACUGAAGGCUAUGAUUAUGACAAUUAGGACAUAUCUUACCCCAAUUAAGAAAGUGAAGGAAGAAGGAUUGGGACCGGAUUUGAGUUUUGCGAUUGAUUCGUUGCCGGAUGAUUUGGCUUAUUAUAAGAGAAGAGAUGCUUGGGGUGAGGCGGUUAAGGAAUAUUUGGCAAAAUGA